AUGGCGGAAUCAACGAAUGGUUCGUCUAGUUUCUGGACACAGGCUAACGCUUUGUUCAGAAAGAAUUUGACUUUUCAGAGAAGGAAUUUUAAGACAAAUCUCAGACUCAUAGCAUUCCCAAUCGUUCUCUGUUUGUUACUUGUGUUACUACAAGCAAUAGUCAACAACGAAUUAGAUAAACCCUCCAACAAAUGUGGUUGCACUUGUAUUGAUCAAGAUGGGGAUGGUCAAUGCGAGAGAGUGUGCGGGAUUCAAUACUCAGAUUUGGACCAAGUGGCCACCUGUUCCAUUCCUAGCCCGCCUGAAUGGCCUCCCAUAUUACAAUUACCAGCUCCACAGUAUCGUGCAGUGAGAACUGAUUUUCUUUCAUUUGGAGACUUGCCUGGUGAUUCAUGUAGAAGUACAGGUUCCUGUCCUACCACUGUACUUAUGACUGGGAAUAAUCAAUCUCUUGGAGAGAGUUUGGCUAGAAAUAUGUUCCCAAGUUCAUCCAAUUUCAGUUCAUCCAAUGGCCUGACUGGUGCUAUAUUGGGUUCUGCUUCAGAGACUGAUAUAAUCAACUAUCUUGAGCCAGCAUUCUUCUCAAGUCUUCCGCUCUACUAUGUUCAAUCUCAGUGUGGAGCUAACUCCACGUUUUCUAUUCCGAUUCCAGUAGCAUUCUUGGAAGUAGAGAAAGAAAUUAGAUGCGUUCAAGCUCUACAUUUGUGGCGCAACAGCUCUUCUGAUGUUAAUAAUGAGCUAUAUGCGGGAUACAGGAAGGGAAACUCUGAGGAUAAAAUAAAUGAGAUAUUAGCAGCGUAUGAUUUAUCGAAUUCGAAUAUCAAUAAUUUCAAUGUGACGGUAUGGUACAACUCUACCUACAAGAACGACACAGGAAAUGGUCCCUCUGGACUGGUCCGUGUUCCUCGCUCAAUAAACUUGGUGUCGAAUGCUUACCUACAACUUCUGGUUGGGCCUUCCACACAAAUGCUGUUUGAUUUUGUAAAGGAGACACCCAAACCUGAAACCGAAAUCAGGCUGGAUUUUUCUUCUCUCCUGGGACCAUUGUUCUUUACAUGGGUCAUUUUGCAAUUAUUCCCUAUUGUACUAACAGCUCUGGUGUAUGAGAAACAACAAAACUUAAGGAUCAUGAUGAAAAUGCAUGGGCUUGGCGAUGGUCCUUAUUGGAUGAUUUCUUAUACGUACUUCCUUGCCAUAUCUUUGGUGUACAUGUUCUGUUUCGUAGUCUUUGGCUCAGUUGUAGGGUUGAAGUUCUUCACAUUAAAUGACUACAGCAUCCAAUUUGUGUUCUAUGUCAUCUACGUAAACUUACAAAUUUCUCUGGCGUUUCUAGUGGCUGCACUCUUCUCUAAUGUGAAGACUGCUGCAGUUGUGGGAUAUAUUACUGUCUUUGGAACUGGUCUCUUGGGAGGAUUUUUCUUCCAAUUCUUCCUUCAAGAUACAUCAUUUCCAAGAGCUUGGAUUGUCGUGAUGGAGUUAUAUCCAGGGUUUUCUCUGUAUGCUGGAUUAUAUGAGUUUUCACAGUAUGCAUUUACUGGAAACUAUAUGGGGACUCGUGGAAUGAGUUGGGAAAAUUUAAGUGACAGCAAUAAUGAAAUGGCUCGUGUCUUAGUAAUCAUGGUUGUGGAAUGGUUGGUGGUUUUUGUUGUUGCAUACUAUAUUGACCAGGUUGUAACAUCUGGAAGUGGUGUCCGGAAAGGUCCACUUUUUUUCUUGGAGAAGCUCAAAAGAAAGCCUUCGCCAUCGUUCAGGAAACCCAGUUUACAUAGGCAGGGUUCUAAAGUAUAUGUGCAGCUGGAGAAACCUGAUGUUAGCCAAGAGAGAGAGAGGGUCGAGCAGUUGCUAAUUGAACAAGACACGAGCCAUGCAGUUGUCUGCGAUAACCUCAAAAAGAUGUAUCCCGGAAGGGACGGAAACCCUGAAAAAUUUGCAGUUAGAGGCUUGUCACUUGCAUUAUCACAAGGAGAGUGCUUUGGUAUGCUUGGUCCCAAUGGUGCUGGCAAAACUUCUUUCAUCAAUAUGAUGAUUGGGCUCAUCAAGCCAAGCUCUGGCACAGCAUAUGUUCGGGGUCUGGAUAUAAGAACCAACAUGGAUGGGAUAUAUGCCAACAUGGGUGUAUGUCCUCAGCAUGACCUGCUUUGGGAAACCCUAACAGGUAGGGAGCAUCUUCUUUUUUAUGGAAGGCUUAAAAACCUCAAAGGUAUCGCCUUGACGCAAGCAGUUGAAGAAUCUCUUCGAAGUGUCAAUCUGUUCAACGGUGGGGUUGCUGACAAGCAAUCUGGGAAAUACAGUGGAGGCAUGAAGAGGAGGCUUAGUGUUGCCAUUUCAUUGAUUGGAGAUCCCAAGGUUGUGUACAUGGAUGAGCCCAGUACCGGGCUGGACCCAGCUUCAAGAAACAAUCUAUGGAACGUGGUGAAGCAAGCUAAACAAAAUCGUGCAAUCAUUCUCACCACACAUUCUAUGGAGGAAGCGGAGCAUCUUUGUGAUCGAUUAGGAAUUUUUGUGGAUGGCAGCUUGCAGUGCAUUGGAAAUCCUAAAGAGUUGAAGGGUAGAUAUGGAGGUUCAUAUGUGUUCACAAUGACAACAUCAUCAGAUCACGAAACGGAUGUUGAAAAUCUUGUAAAGAGUCUGUCGCCGAAGGCUAAUAAGAUAUACCAAAUAUCUGGGACACAGAAGUUUGAAUUGCCUAAAGAAGACAUCAAAAUAGCAGAUGUUUUUGGAGCAGUUGAGAAGGCUAAAAGCAGGUUCAGCGUUCAGGCAUGGGGCCUUGCAGACACCACUCUCGAGGACGUUUUCAUCAAAGUUGCUCGAGAGGCUCAACCUUUGGAUGUUCUCACAUGA